GCAGAGGGAAGGUACGCCUGCAAGAGAAAGAUAAGCUGCCGCCUUAAACCUGCCUAUUACAAAUGUAUACAUGCCUGAAGGAAACGCGCCUCUGCUAAAGAAAGAAGUAAAUCCAACAAUAAAUUAAUAGUCAAAGGAAAAAACAGCCAUUUGUAGUGUGACGCAUCGGCAAGAAGACAAGAGUAUACGCUCACAGGCAACGGAAAUCGGCGAAUACACGAAUUUUUCAAAGGAGAAUAGCGGUUUCCCAGCCAAGAUAUUAAUGUUCUGCAGCCUCCAGCCUCUAAAGAGCAGCACGCAACCACUAACAUAACAGAUCUUUCGGUUUCUGCUUCAGAUCGAAGGGAUUUAAACCUUAAAAGGCUACACGGGUUUGUUACCAGAGGCCAAUGCAUUUCAGAAAAAAAAUCUUUAAGGAAAUAGAUUUCGUAGUUAAGGGCGAUUUAAACGGCUUCUGAUUUUAACAUAUAGUCUCAUCUGUCUGUUUCGAAAACGGGAAACGGAAUAUACAGUUUCUCCCACUGUGCGCAUUCAGCUUUAUCAACACAGGACAUCUAAAAUUCCUGUUCUUUGGAAUCGCCUAUGGAUAACUGGCAAAAAAAAUUGUGCUUUUUAUUGUGUAAUAACCAAGUGGAACAAGAAUACGAAGUGCAUUUGUCCAUCUAAUCACUUCCUUUUCAAGAUCAAAACCAUAUUUUUCUGCUUUGACAGCUUGGAUGUUUUUUUAAUUCUCAUUUGAAACCUGGGUGUAUUGAAAAAAAGAAGCGUAUUGUAAAAUCUGAUUUACUUUUAUUGCUUCCUUUUUGGAUUAGUAUACGACAGAAGACUGAAAACAUUUUAACUGGGAACUCAUUCGUACUGUUUGUACUGUCUCGCUGCUACACCGGAGCUGUAACAAGAAAAAAAAAACACCGAAAUUAUUUUUCAUCUGUGUGUGUGUGUGUGUGUCCGCGUGUUUAUGUGUGUGCGCGCGUGUGUGAGAGUGCGUUGCCUCCGGGAAAUUAACAAUAAAAAAGGGAUUUUAAAGGAUUAUUUCUGAGUUCUGCUUGCCCAGGAUGAGAUCUCUGCCUCCCCCCUGGAUCAUAUCGCUCUGAAUCCGAUUUCCAGGCUCUGCUACCAGGAACUGUAGUGUUGGAUCGAUUUAUGCUUAAGCUGCCUGCCUCAGUAUGAGAAGCUGGGACCCUGCAUGAAAAUCUGCACUUCUUUCUUCAUCCAUCAGAUACGAUUCAGAAAUCCAAGUCCAUGUCAUCUGGCAGUUUUUGAUACCGACAGGUUAGAAAACCACAUCAAAAGCUGAACAUCUGGGUCCUAGGCUGCCAAGUUCUCCUGUGAACACAGUACCCACCUUCCCAUCAUGUUGGCGUGCCUGCAAAGGAGGCAAAACCCACAGGCUCAGCACCUGGCCUGCCCAACAAAGAGCCUGGAUCCUCUGCACACAGCCAGCCGGAAAUGUGAACUGGCAGCCCCUGUGCACUCCCCACGCUAUCCCAGUGCAGCUGAACUGGAUGCCUAUGCGCAGAAGACAGCCAGCAAUCCCCUUUCCAUCAAGAUCUUCCCCACAAACAUCAGGGUACCACAACACAAGCACCUUAACCGGACAGUUAAUGGAUAUGAUACUACAGGCCAGCGCUAUAACCCCUACCCUCAUCUGCACACAGGUGGCUACCAAGGUCUGCUAGCUAUUGUCAAGACAGCAAGUAGCACUUCUACUAAGAGCAUUGUGAAAAAUUCAGAGGGUAAGCGGACUAAGCUAUCCCCAGCCCAAAUAGCUGUGGCCCCAUACCCAUCACAUGCAAACAGCACUUUAGCCCAGGCUCAUGGACAAAUAUCUUACCACACAGGCACCAGCAAGGUCCCAGAAGCGUCCUCGAUGCCUGUCCCUCCGAAUGUCACUGUAGCAGCUUCCGUCAUCCCAGUUGCGGGUGGCCGAGGUUUGGCCUUGCCCACUCAGUCCAAUCUUCCUUCGAUACAGAGUAUUAUCUAUCAGAUUAACCAGCACUGCCAGGCACAGGCUUUACAGAAGGUGUGUCAAGGUGUGGUGGUGGCAGCCGCCACAACCAAUCCCAGCCCAGCAAAACAGACCACAGUGGUUUCGGCUUCUUCAAAUUCUUCUGGAAACACAGCUGGCUUCCCUACCGGGAUGCUGGCACAAAGCAGCCUGACUUACACCAGUACGGUAUUGCCCACUCAGGGGAUGGAGCUCACUAAGGCUGGCGCUGCCUAUGUGGACAGCAUGGACUACAUAAUCUGGCAGCAAAAACAGCAACAACAGCAGCACCAUCAUCACCACCACCAGCAGCAACAGCAGCAGGCGGCAUUGAGAAUGUAUAGUGGUGGGAGUGGUGGAGGAGCUGCCAUAAGCAAAUCUCCUGAAACCUGUGUGCCAGGUGGUGCUGGAGGAGCCACCAGUGGAGCCCAGUUGUCCUCGAGGCCUUACGCUCUCACGGCAGCAGCAGCAAGUGCUAGUGGGCUGGACAAGAUGACUGCAUCCCCCCUUAACUGCACUGGCAUGCAUGGCAACUUCUCAGUGGGUCAAUAUUUUGCCCCACCAUGGAACAGCAUUCUAGUUACACCUGACAGUGACUGCUACAACCCCCAGGACCUGGUGGGGACAAAUACAACUGGGGGUCACCGAGAACUCGGCUUUCCACUGCACCCCCAGCAUCCUUCGGACAGUGGAUUAUGCUGCAGUCUGCCCAGCAAGAGCCUCUGCAACACAUCCAUCCUGAGCAGCAGCCUGCAGUCUCUGGAAUAUCUAAUCAAUGACAUCCACCCACCAUGCAUUAAGGAGCAGAUGCUGGGCAAAGGGUAUGAGACGGUAUCGGUGCCCCGACUGUUGGACCACCAGCAUGCUCACAUCCGAUUACCAGUUUACAGAUAAAAAUCAGAAAAGUAAAUUUGGACAGGUCCUAAAGAGAAAAAGAAAUAAGAAAACAGAUAAGGAGAUCUUUAUUCUAUAUAUAAAUCAAUAUAGAUAUAUAAAUAUAUAUAUAUAUGUGUGUGAUUGGCAUUGCUUUACAGAUCAGAAAAUGGGCAAAUGCAGUGAAGCGAUGCACAGUUAGCACAGAGGUGGCUAGAAAUUGCCCCAUAAAAAACAGCAACUGGAAAAGGGGCUUGAAAGAAUCAAAGGGAAAGAUCCAUGCAGGUGAGGAGUUGGGGACUUGGGAGGUGGAUAGGGAGUCAGUCAUCAUGUGAUAGUGCUGGAAUUUGAUUUUGAGCCUUUUAAUUUUACAAAUGGGCAAGCCUUGGCAAAUGUGUUUUUUUUCAUGGUAAUUAAUAUUUGCUUUUAAAAUGAUUAUGUUCCCCCUCUCUCACAAGCUGGAUUAAAUUUCAGACUUAUGUAUUUAUUUAUUUAUUUUACAUAAACUCUUUUGGAGAAGGAGGUGUUGUUUUAAUAAUUUAGUUCUAAAUCGUUUAAAAAAUACACAUGCAAAAAAUCUCUUUUCACCUUUCUUUUCUCAAAAUACAAGAACAUAGCCUAUAGCUUCAUCUUACUGACCCACUCUCCUUGCCAGCACCCUUCUGAAGUAGAACAGCAAAGAAAAAGACAGAUUUGAAAAGAAAAUUGCACUGCUUAGAGUUUUAAAAUAUUUACUGGAGGAAAAGGAUUCAAAGUAUGGAAAAACUCUUCUUAAGAAACUUGAAAACUUGAAUUUUUUAAAAAUAUAUACCAGUUAUUCAUUGGCUGCUAAGAGAAAACAUAU